AUGGGUUGCGGUGGUUCAAGGCUAGGAGGUACGGUGGCGGCUAGAGCGGAUGAGGGCGGCGUUGUGCCACUUCCGGCAGGAAUACGUCCGCUUCUCCGGCGGAGAUUAGAGGAGAUGAAGAAACGGAGCCAUGCAAACGUCUUGAAAGGGAAAAAUACGCUAUCCAAGACGGAGCUUCUAAGACACGACCCUUCCGAGGACGGAGACGAGAAGGAGGAGAACGUCGACAGCUUGAAGUUAUCAGCUAAGGUCACUCCUGCGCCUGAUCAUCACAUGGAAGAGAAGAAAGGGGUUAUUUAUGAGAAGAUUUCGUCCAUAGAUGAGGUGAAAGAGGAGCAAGAGGUUGUGACAAAACAAGAUGAGAAAAAUGAUGAUGUCAUCAAUGUUAAAAAAGAAGGAAAUGAUGGAAUAAAUCAUGACGAGGUCAUCAUUGCUAAGACGGAAGGAGAUGAUGGUGUUGCUCAUGAUGAUUGUAUAAAUCUUGAUGAGGUCAUCAUUGCUAAGCAGGAAGGAGAUAAUGGCGUUGAUCAUGAUGAAGGGAGGAUGAUUUGUCCUGGAUCUCCUAGCUUUAAGGUUUAUUGCAUCGAUGUUGCUUCUGAUGAUGACGAAGAAGAAAAAGAUGGCGAAGUCCCAAUUGAAGCCGAAAGCGUCAUCAUAGAACAAAAAGAGGACGAAAGCAUUGUGAAAAACGAGAAAAGAGAAAGAAAAGGAAAGAGAUUCGGGAUAGCAUUGCCAAGGAAGUAUUUAGCUAAUGUGACUGCACAAUGCUAUGCCAGUGCAGGAUGCAUGGGCAAUAACACUCACACUCGUCGUGUGCAAGAGAAAUCGAGCCAGUGA